AUGUCACUGUAUCCUGCAUCCAUCCUGUACCUAGUGUACACUACCUUGGAACCUAAGGAAGGUAUCAAAGUAUCAAAGUAUCCUUUCGUAGGACUCAUCUAUUCCAAGCAAAAGCCGGCGGCGUGGUUUGGGGCCCCCAAAAACGGGCGCAGAAACCUGAACAAGCAUCUUCCCCCCUUUCCUCACGCAACUUGCACACGCAUCCUCCAAAGAUUCCGUCACUGGGAGAAUUACCCCCCUCCCCUGGUCCUAUCCCAAGGCAUCCAACCAGGCCCCCGGAACAGAUCAAGGUCGUGUAUCCACACCAUUGCGUCGCCCAAAACCAACAAUUGGGCUUGCGUGGGCUAUUCACUAGGAGCUCUUAGCAGGACUAAACCACAACAGUGCGUCAAACUGCCCCCCUCUAUCAUGAAUCCUCUAGUGGUAGCCUCGAAACUUACUCUCUCCCUGCGUGAGCACGACGCUUUUGGCAGUGUCGCUCUAAUCCUCCUCGUUCCGAUAAACUUCGGCCAUGAGUCACUUGGCGCAAGGCUCAACCCUGACGAUGCGUCCGCCUACAUCCGAAUCUUGCUGCUUCGCCAUCCUUCAUUCGCUCUCGCAUGGAUCACGAGAGCAUCACGGCGUGCCUGGCAAAGCUUUCCCGCGCGCAUUUCGUCGUGGAAAUCCACCAGUGCACGACAAUUCGCUUUCGUGCUAGGCUUUACACUGCAAUUGCUGUGGAUACCAUACCGAAUAGACUCAUCAACUCAUACCACGUUUAGACUCACAGUGACUACGCAACGCAAUCACCUUACGACGUCAAUGUCAUACCUAAUCAACUCGGAAAUACGCAUACAUUCAGACAUUGAGAUCUUCUCCCCCGGUCCCGUGGCAGCGGGUUCCACGGACCACGUAAGGCAAGGUAUUGGGGACGGAUACAGCAGAUCAACGGCCAACGCGGCCGUUCGGGCUACGCAAACCAACAGGCACCAACAACACCACAGCAACUCUAGCACCACCGGUCGGCUGUGCAUACCUACCUACCUCGUCGAGUACCUCACAGUAUACGUGGUAGACAGUCUCAGACCUCUCUCUCAUCGCAGUGAGAAACCUGAUAUCUCGCCGCCGGUGAGAUUUUGUCCUGCGUCUUAUCUCGACUUUUUUUUCGGCGAGCCAGAAACGCCUGAACGAAUAAUUGAUUGGAUCAGCAGUACUACGGGGGAACGCCGUGACGUUUACCUGUACGAAUACUUCCACUGCCGGCCGGUACACUCGGGACUGAUUACCCCCCCGAGGGGCCAGAUCAGCCCUAAUGCGAAGCACCGCAUUACUGCGAAAGGGACUUUGGGGCUCCGUCACCACAACCCAAACGAGUUCGCCGGUUCUCGCUUCAUUCCUGCAUUACACGCGGAAUCCAUAGUAAUCAGACGAAUGAACAAACGUGUCCCUCGCCCCGAUGUGAAUCUCCCACGCCGGGUGAGCCCCUCCGGACUCACUCCCAAGAUGCCCACCCAUGUCGGCAGUCAUCCACUUGAAGCAAUCGUCGUCACAAACGCGGCUCUUCCCUCGGCAGGCCAAGGCUCCCUCCUACCGGCUCGGCUUUCCCGAACGAGAGCCGUCUUGACCCUUCCAUUGGGAUCUGCCUAUGAGAAUGGAAACCCCGUAGCCUCCUCCGUAACGACGCAUCACACCUUGGCAGGUUUCCAGGCGGCGGGGCCCAACGAGAUUCAUAACACCAAGGGGUUCAAAGAACGAAAUGUUCAAACCUCGUGA